CUUUCCUCUUACUAAAUUCUGGGUUGAAUCUAAGCUUCGAAUGUGUGUUUUUGAUAAAACUUUGAACGAGUACAAUUUGUAUACGUUUUAUCUUUCUUUCUUUCUUUCUUUUGUGUCAGUUACAGAUAUCAAUGUUCUUUGAUUAGACUUGAAGAACAGUGACCUCCUCCCCCAUUAAUGAAGCUUUUUGUCUUUCUUUCUCUUCUUGGCUACUUAAAAAUAUCCAAUUUUGUAACCUUUUUCAAAAGUUUCAACGAUCUACACUGUUCUUUGCAAGCGAGGUUCUUCACGGGUUGUAAUGUAAAAGAAAAAAGGAAAAAAAAAAUUACCCUAUAAAUCUGCUUUUUUGUUUCUCUUUAACACGAAGAGAACCUGAUUCUUCGAGACACGAGAAACCAACUUUUCUUUCUCUCUCUUUUUAUUUUUUUCCUAACCAAAGUGUGUGACUUUUUCUUCUUUUUGUUGGGCAGAGAUUUUGAAGUGAAGUGAGAGGUCUCAAUCUUUUUUCUUUUGUGGUCAUCUCUCUUGAGUGGUGAAGAGGAAGAAGAAGAAGACGAGAGAGUAAAUCUUUAAAAGAAAAUGGAAAUGGGUCGUCGCGAUAUGAGACGUGGAAGAGGAGCCAAUCGAUCUUCCAAGAAGAAAUCAUCUGGAUCUGUGGUUUCGGCAAAACAGAAGAAAGGAACGUUGAAGAAACUGAGUUUAGCUGCUGAUGAUGAGAGAAUGAAUCAUAAGAAGCAAGAGAUGAUGAUGUGUUACGACUUCCCUGCUUCAGAUUUAGAAAACGAAGUGGUCUCUCUAAAGAAGAAGAAGAAAUCUUCUAAGCUUCUAAAAAAGAGUUUGAAGGAGAGUAAUGGUGUUGUGCAUCCUCAUGCCUCUGUUCCAAGGAAGCUUCGUUCAGCCAUGAAGAAGAGGAAUCUUGAAUCUGUUUCUAACCUAUCCUCUCCUUCAAAGAGACUUAACCGGUCCAUAACUGGAAUCGAAUCUCUUAACAUGGAUUUGGUUAACAAGGAGAAUCAAGAAACGGAUGCAAAAGCUAUUGUUGUUUCUAAGUCCAUGAUGAUUUCUAAAGAUGAGGAAGAAGUUGCAGAGACGUUGUUCGGUUUAGCUGAUAUGUUUAACGAGGCUGGCUCUGUUGAUAAGGAAACUUGUGAUGCUUUGUUGUCUGAUGAUGAUGAUGAUAAAGAACCCACCAAAGCUGACUCAGUCUUGGUUGUUGAAACUGGCUUUACCACCAAAGAUGAAUCACUUGAACCGGCGGUUUCAGUUCUCUCUUCAGACAAAACUAAGCAGCUUGAUGAGAUUCCUUUACAGCAAAGCAGCUCAGUGAAUGUGACUGAUGCACCUGCAAGAGCCAUGGAAGCAAAGGCUGCAACAUGUGAUAUCAACUAUAAGAGCAACGGUCUUGGUCUGUGGCCUGGACUAUCUUCAACCAGGCCAUCUUCUACAAAGCUUCCACCAUGGAUGGGUCAAGCUCUUUCUUCUCCUACCAAGAAUGCUUCACCGUUAAGCGUCCGUCCGAGGAAGUUGAAGAGAUGUGCCUCUCACAUUUACAUUUGCCAACUCAUCAAAGCAUUACAGACCAGAGAGAGCAACCAAACCGAGCAAAGAUCAUCAGAAACGCCACAAUACAGAGUCCCUGACCCUGUGACAACGACUAGUGACUUUAAAAGCAAUGUUGCUCCAUCCAUCAGGUGUCAAAAUCCACAUCUGAUAGAUUUGUACAAGACAUGUAAUCCAAAACCUGUGCAAGAGGACCAGGCUCAGCUUUCUCUGGAGCUCUAUGGUCCAAAGACUACUCAGAAACAGGAACAGAGCUAUGACUUCCUCUCUCUCUCGUCUAAUGGAGCAUCACAAUCUCAUCCUCCGUUUCCAAACUCAUUUCCGCAGUAUCCUCCUAUCUCUGCAGCUUACAAUAGCCACCUCUCACCUGCACUUCCUAGCCAUCAGAUGCAGCAAAUGUCUCCUUAUCUAGCUAGUAGAUACCAAACCGCUUACAACGCAAACCACCACCACCAGCAGCAACAGCUUCAAAAACGGAUGUGGGCUGCUGCUCAGUAUAGACCUUUAACAAAUGGAAACACCGUCGUGCAGCCGUUAUCGAACCAAUACAGUAAACCAAACCUCUCUUUGAACCUGACCAGCAUUCAACCUCUGCAAGUUACUUCCUCGCCAAGGUACAACAACAAUGUAUUUCAGCAGCAACGUCGUCUCAUGUCUGCUGCUGCAGCAAUGUCAAUGAACCAUCACCAUAGCAACAUCCGUUCAAGGACGGUGAUGAACAGGCAAGAGCACCAUUUCCCACUUAUCUACGAGGAUACAAGAACACCAUUGCAGCUACUAUGCAACGAGCAGACGUGAAGAUGCUCUGGUUUAUAUAUGGUUAAAUUAGUUCAAAGGAUCAGACAUUUGGUUGAGAAAAAAUAAACAGAGUUCUGUUCUGUCUUCGCCGGAAUUUGAGAUGGUGUCUUUCUCAGGUGAUGAGAAUAGGAAGAACAAGGUUUUUCACAGAGAGAUGAUUGAAUCCACUUGUUCCAGAAAAAAAAAACACUAUGUUUUUUUUGUGUAAAUGAGAAUCGCAAGGGAAACAAAAACAAAUGUUAGCUGUUUGAGUUAUGUAAGAAAAACAUUUGCUCUAUGACAUGGCAAAUGUACUAGUACCAA